UGGAGUAGUGAGGGAGACACUCCUAUUCGAGGUGCUCUCCAAUUUUACCGCUUUUUAACGCCAAUUAUUCCCCUACAACGAAGUGAUACAUAUCCCCAGCGGUGUAGAAUGUCGUGAUACAACACCUGUGGCCCGGAUUGAGCAGCAAGAUGAGUGGGAGGAACAUAAUCACGCGGGAACUGAGUGAUUCCAUACGUCAGUGUUUGGGCCGAAAAGUGAAGCUGACACUGAAGGUCCUCGUGAAGGUUGAGACCAAGGGAGACAAGACAGAUAAUCGUGUUUUGGCUUUUGCGUCAUGCAGGCUCUUUGUGCUUACCGCCAAGGUCCCCACAAGGGUUGACCAGCAUUUCCACUACCUGGACAUCCAAGGUGUGGAGAGUCGGAAACCCAAUCAGCUGUGCCUGACCGUGUGCGACCGCGUGUACACCUACUACACCACGCACGAGGAGAACAGCAGCCAUGAGGUGGACACGAUGGUGCUCAGCCUCGGCACGGCGCUCAAGAACAUUUUCCCCGCCGUGCCGCUCACGCACAUCAUCCGCAAGGUGGACAUCCAGCCUCCGAAGCGGAUGCAGCAGCUGGAUGAGCUUGAGCGGGCAACCUUAGGGGGCACCAGGGACAUGGGGCCAUGUGGGGGCUUCUCCACACAGUACAUGUGCAUGUGUGACUACCACGCCCUGCCAUACAGAGAAGAGGUGGCGUGGGAUGUCGACACUAUCUACCUCUCUCACGACACGCGAGAGCUCUACCUGCAUGACUUCGACUAUCUAGAGCAGAAAGAUCUCAUACCUAUCAUCAGUGCUCUGGAGUACAAUACAUGGUUUCGAAAACUGCGGGCCAGUCACAGUAAACUCUCGCAUGAAGCUAUAGAAAGAAUUUUACAUGUUGUCAGCAAGUCUCUUAGCUUAGAAGAAAUCUACUUAGAUAACAUUGGUGCCAAAGCUGAAUUUGCAAACAAGUUGUCUCUAGCGCUUUUGUCCAAUAGCAACAUUCCUCUUCAGAAGCUUGACCUCUCUCACAACCCCAUUGAGGACAAAGGUUUAAGCAAUCUGUGCGGUCUGGUGGCCAAGCUGUCUCCGGUGGCAGGGGGUGCUGUUCACAUCAGUAAUCCCAUCGGACGACAAGCCAAAGGACUUAGUCACCUGAAUCUCUCCCUUUGUGGACUUACUGGAAAGGGUGUCAACAUGUUAGCACAUUCCCUGUCAGUCAAUAAGUACAUGUGUCAGACUUUGACAUUCCUUAGCCUAGCUGGCAACUCCUUACGGGACGAUGUCAACAAUCUUUAUAAUUUCCUAGCUCAACCUAAUGCGCUGAAGACUCUUGAUCUGUCAGCAACAGAAUGUGCCAUCGAUGCUGUGUUUGGAGCAUUAUUACGAGGAUGCACCAGUAGUUUGGCCCAUCUGAACCUGUCACGGAACAGUUUCGGCAGCAAGAAGACCCGAGAGAUGCUGCCCUCCUUCAAACAAUACUUCACCUCAACCCUCGCUCUUAAAACCCUCACACUGUCCCAAUGUAAACUACCUGCUGAUGCCCUCAAGAAUGUACUUUUAGGGUUAGCGUGUAAUGAAAACAUCUCUGAGGUGGACUUAGAUUUAAGCAGUAAUCAAUUGGGUGGAACUGGAGCACAAAUUUUGGAGUCCUGUAUUCAUGGUGUUCGAUGUCUGUCAGCAUUAGAUAUCAGUGAUAAUGGUUUAGAAGCUCAACUUGGACCUGUAGUAGCCGCAAUUAGCAAAAACAAAAGCAUCAGGAAACUUAGUAUUGGCCGUAAUCUUAAUAAUAUUAAGAGCAAGCAUGUGUACCACGUUAUGGAGUCAGUGGUACAGAUGAUUCAGGAGGAAGAUUGUGUUCUUGAGUCCCUUUCCAUUAAUGACUCCCGGCUGAAGACAGAUUUGCACAACCUUCUAAAUGCGUUGGGGAGUAACCACUGCUUGCAGAGUCUAGAUAUCAGUGGAAAUUACAUGGGAGACAGUGGGGCACGACUCCUGGCCAAAGCUUUACAGAUUAACUCCAAACUCCAAUAUAUUAGUUAUGAUAGAAACAAUGUCACUUUACAAGGGUAUAGUGAUAUUGCAUAUGCAUUACAAAGCAACUACAGUGUCAAGUUUCUGCCAUUCCCCGUUCAUGAUGCCAUGUUGUGCAUGAAGACGGCCCCUGAACGGACAGAAAACCUCAUGCGCAGGAUACAGGACACGCUCUAUAGAAAUGUAUCACCCAUGAAGUAUUCCAAUGGACAGGCGUUCAGAUUACAACAGGGAUUCCUCUUAAGUUCAACUCAGCAGCAGGUAGACAGGCUGGUGCUACAGACGGGGGAGGCCGUAAGGACCUUGCGACGGUCUGGCAGCGACCUCGUUGGUGCAAACUCACUGCAGUGGGCUGAGGGACUCAUCACAGAUGCAGACAGCUCCAAGCAGCUGAUCAGCCACCUUCACGACGUGGUGCUGAGGAGGGAUGAGGCUGGCAACCCCAUAGAGACGAAGCUGCACCAGAUCUCGUCCGAUCUCCACACCGUCAUUACCAACUACCUCCAGGACACAGUUGAGAGCAUGGUUAGGUCUGCACAAGACAAGUGUCCCAACGUCUUGAGCGAGGAGAAGGUGGUGGAUGAUGUGAGGGCUGCCUGCCUGGCUAAGUCACAGCUAUCAUCCCAGUUGGUAGAGACUGCAAUAGUGGAGCAGGCUGGUUCAGUCAUCCUCAACAAGGUGAAUGAAGUCAACCUGGCCAUUGCAUCAACUGUGUCUGAUAGGGUGAUUGACGAAGUAGUCGACUCCCUGUCCAAAACGUGCAAGAACUUGCAGAACCUGCAAUCUGGUGAAGGGCCAAGGAAGAGGGCGUCAACAGGGACUGAAAUGGGGAGUCGUGAGCGAGGAAGCAGCGAGUCUUCGACACGCAGUGAACGCUCUGAUACAGUCAGCCAAGGGGACGACACCACCAGCCAAAAGUCUGACCCAUCACCACUGAAAUUGGAAUAUUUGAAUCUCGCUACCCCGCAGCUUGCAUCAAAACGCAAGAGUCUCCAUGGAAGAAAGUUGAGGCCACAGAGUGUUGUAGAUUAUGCUGAUGUUCAGGCGGCCUUGAAACACCGAACUUCAGUCUGUCGAUCUAGUGCAGAAAAUUUUUUGAGUGACGGAAAUAGUACUCAUAGUAUAGACAUUUUAUGCAGGUCAUCAGAGAGUCUAGAUAUGGACACAGUCAUACACUGGGGCAGGGAUGACAAUCUAAGAUACAAGGGGGAGCUGCUGAUGUCUCGUCCUCAGUCUUCCCCAUUUAAAAUCGGUCAAAAGUCACAAGAUUUAUCACGCAGAGCACACAUGUCUAUGGGCAUUAUAAGUGGUUUGACUGAGGUAGACAGCAGUCAGUCCACGCGUGCAAUCAAGUCUGUUACGUUGCCCAACUAUAGCAAGGAGAAGGCUGAGUCAUUAGACAGUGUGUCAGAGUUACCAAGCAGCUGUGGACAGCUGCAGCACUUGGGCAAGGCCAGACCUCGAAGAGUGAAGACCAGAGCCCCAACCAGACCCAUGGGCAGAGCUGAUCUAGUCGAGGAAGACCAUGACAUUUCUGAGGGCGUUGACACCUUCUUCAGGCCCGGGUCAUCAACUCCCACAACACCCCUCAUCUCCCCUGACUCGGAGAACAGCCCACGGCUACUCAAAUAUGGCUCCACCUCCUCCGUUGAGAGCUCCCCCCACACGGGCGGAGCAAGAACCGGCAGCGAGAGAGGCAGCAUUGAGUCACUCACGCGGUCUGACUCGCUGGCGCGGUCGGAGUCAGACGUGACGAGGGAGAGCCCGCGGCCACGCACCAAGUCUCGAGAUACGGAGGAGGAAGAUGAGAUGGAAGAUGAGGACCAAAGCCUAGAUGAGAAGAGCCGCAGUGUAACCAGCCUGAUAGGAAGACGAGCCAAUGAACCGAUGUUGAAGAGAUCACCAGAUAUGAGUGCAAGAAAAGCCUCAACAUCAUCAAACAUCAGUUCUAUGGAUGACAAAAGCCGCAGUGAGGAAGAUGGGAAGGAAGAUUCUCCCCCAAGGAAAGUAGCUGGCUUGCCCAAGUUCGGGAUGGGCAUCGGAGGAAACAUCUUGGCAGAGAUGAAGAUGAUGCAGGAGAAAAGAACUUCGGUCUUACCAAAGGAUGAAGACAAGGAUCGUGAUGAGAGAAAGGAAAACCCUUCAAGCAGCUUGCUCGCAGGUGUGAGGCUGCGGUCCACGGGCCUCGCAGACAGCCUAAAGUCUCCUACUAAUGGCUUCCCAAGAGGAUCCAGUGGCAGCAAAUCUCCAAAUUGUAAUAGGGAUUCUGUUAUUGAAAACGCAGGACCCAGCCCGAACACCAAGCCUGUGAUCGCCGCCCUCAAACCUAAGCCCCCUCCCCCUCUUGCACCUAAACCGCGACCCAAGUCUGUCAUUGGAGGAGACCAGAGAGCAGGUGAAUAUGAAUCCAGUGAUGCCACAGAAGAUGAGCAAACCAGUGCCCCAGUGAGGUCAGUGAGGGAGAUGGCGGCAUCCCUUGCCCGCAGUUCAGUUGGGGAGGAAGCUGGAGGCAAGAAAAAGUCCUCUUCUCUCCCCCGGAACACGCCCCAAGCUGCCAACAGUGCAGGCCCAAAAUCCAAAGGGAAAGCAGAAGCCCAGAAAACUGCGGGCAUUAUUAAUGGCAUCUUAAAGGUUGAAAAGAAAAAGCGGGCACAGGCCAAAGACGCGUGGAAAGUCGGGCCGUGUGUGAACCACAAAACAAGUGGCAGGGUUGUGAAGGAAGUCCAAGGAGGAAAAGUAAUGCAGGGAGCUGGAGGAGACAUGGGUGGACGGUGAGCAGAGCACAGGAUCAAGCGCAGCCCCUCCCCUGCAUCGGCAGACGUCACACAAACAUGUCCUCACCACUGAUCUAGCACUUGAAGAUGUUGUUAAUGUUUGAUUGUCAGAAUUGUUAUUUUGAUGAAGGAUUUUUUUCCAUGUAACAUUGUUUCAUGAUAUUUUUCCCAUUCCAUCAUAGAUGGAACUAUAUUUGUUGCUGAGGCAUAAUAAUGGUAAUGUUCAUAUUGACAAGUGAUGAAGAAAUUUAAUGUUAUGUCAUUGUGUGACUGGCCAUACAGUUUCCUUUUCCAGUGAAGUAAGUGUAACUUGCUGUAUUUUCCUUUCAUGGAUAAACAGCUUUCUUCAUGAUUGUAAUUCAUAAGGCUAUGAAGGGAAUUUUAUUUAUUGAAUUUUACUUUGGUUUAUAUAGUUAUAUGUAGUCUGCUUGGAUAGCAAGACUGCAGAAUCUACACAGCCACAGAGACAUCUGAUGCCAUGAUGCGAUGUUGGUAGGAUUGUUAUGGUGGGACAGCAGACAUGUGAGAAAAUCAAAUGCAUUAACAUCACGCUUGCUCUUCUGCAAAGAUCAUGAUAGAGGCAUUAUGAUUGGACUUUUUGGAGAUUAAUAUACAGCUCAAACUGUUCAUACAUUUGCAUUUAAAGCCACAUUUUCUCAAGUCUUCUAACAGGCUUUCACUAUUAAGGAUACUCCUUAUAUGUCUGUAUAAAUGUCAAUAUAGAUAAUGUAUAGUCAAAGAUAUAGGUCACUGCCAGCAUUGGUUAUUCAAAAGGUCAUUCUUGAUGUACAUAAUAGCAGCACAAAAUUUCUUGUAGAUGAGGAAUUGCAUUUAUAAAUCAUUAUUUGUAUGUAGGUUUCCCAUCUUCCAAAGCACGGGACACGUUUCAUUCACAAUUUGUUGGUCAGUAUGUAGAUUAUAGCUACUUCAAUUUUUUAACCUUUGUGAUUUUUGCUAGAAUUGUGAGGCAAUUUUCAGAUAUACAUUGGAUGAAAAUAGUUAUAUAUAAGAAUAAAAGAAAUAAUAGAGAAAGGAGGUAUUACAGACUCAUGUAUUUUCUCUUUCUAAAAAUUCUCAAGAAAUUCACAUCAGAAAUUUUGACCUUUAAGUAGAGGAAUUUGAAGUCCUUAUAAAGAAUUUCUUGAGUCUUGACCUAAAGUUCUCUAAAGUGAGCAUCUGGACUGUAAUUAAUCUUUUAUUAAUGAGCUUUUAACCAUGUUAAGUUUUUAAUUUUAUGACAUUCGUUUUCCUUCCAAAUGCAAGUACUUGUUCGUGUAUUAUGACCAAAUUGCAUGUAAUGUAGUUUUUUUUUUUCUGUAAAUGGAUUUGCAAACUACUUUGGGAAAUUUUCCAUAUGAAGAAUUGCUAGGACAAAAAUGAACUUGUCAGUAGCUUUGUUGAAAGAUGCAUUUUUGUGCAUUGCAUUUUAUGUUUACAAGCAGUUUGUGAUGGUUAUUAUGAAUAAAGCAUCCUUCUCUAAAUGACAUGUUGAUAGCUAGGUCAGUAAUACAAUUUGAUUCAUAGUCAAGAUAGAUUAUUAGGUAUUGAUAUUUAAAUGUAAUUAAGUGUUUCCUUUUUUUUUUUCUUUUUUUACAAAGAGAAAGUAUUAAGUGCAAUCUGUUUUAUGUCUGCAGUUUAUAAAGGAUUUACUAUCAGUACGUGGCUUGCUGGUCACAUUGUUUGUAAUGCUUUGCCUCAAUCUACUGAACGUUGAAAGUGGACAGUGUACUGUGUGGAGCCUGUUCUUAACAGGCGUGAUAUAAAUAUUGUUACUAAAGUAAGAGUUGUAUGCUUGCUCUGUCAGAAAUGCAUUACAGCUUAUGUACAGCUUGUUUUGUUAAGAAAAAAAAAGAAAAAAAAAAAAGGGUCUGUCAGAAGAGCUUUGUGCCAAGAAAGGUUGCAAGAGAAAUUUAUACUCCUCAUUAAAGAGCUGCGGAUGUCUUUUUAUGUCUUGACGUGUUAUGAUUGUGAUUUUCUGCGCUGAUUUUGAGGGUUCCUGAUAAGUGGAUGAUGAUAAUGAUGAUGUGGUGUAUCUGUGAUGAAUUUUGCUUGUGGUGUGACUUUAUUUGGUAAUUUGAUUUUGACAGGCAGUUUUUGUUUGUUUGGGGGGCAAGAAAAAAAAAAAAAAAAAAAUGUUUUUGCAUUAGCUGUGGAAACUUUCCUUCCGUCUUCUCCUGGGCUUCAGAGAACAUACUGUGUGAGGACAACAACUGUGGAUUUUCAAGGUGGUUAUUUGAUAGAGAAAAGUUUAGGAGGAUAUUGAUAAAUAGAAACCAGUUUUUUUCAUAAAUCUUUGUGUUGUUUAUCUUUACAUAAUAAGGUGUGAAUGGGUUAUGUAUAUCUUUUUUUUUUUUCAUUGUCUUUUCUAAGUUAGUAAAAUCAUUUGUGAUCUCGCAUUUAUUGCAAAUUGAGUAAGUGGAGAAUUUUAAGGCUCUUUAACAAAUCUUUUGAUGAUUGAUUUUCUUAGUUUAACAGAUUUUGGCUUCAGUUCAAAAAUUUGAUAUUUAGAUGGAGCCCCUUUAUGCAGUUGAAUUUCUAGAGAAGAAAACCAUUAGAUAACAAGGAGUGGAGAGUUUUCAGGCUUUAAAUAAGGCAGUACAAAAAGGCCAGUGGCAAAUGUUUGUUUCACAGUGCUCACAGGAGACAAUACACUUUUGAAAAUCAAAAAAAUAAAAAUAAAAAACAUAAAAAAAUAUAUAUAGAUAAUUACAAAAAAAAAAAAAAAAAAAAAUUAAAUAAAAAAAUAUUAAAACUGACAUUUGUAUAGACUGUAGAUAAUAGUUGAUGAGAAGAAAAAUUCUAAGCUUUGGUACCUUCCUCAAAAACCACCCUUAGUAUUCCUUGCAGAGUCCACCGCACCUCAUGCCCCUCGGAGACCCUCAUAGCGUGCAGCUACUGUACCAUUGUUUGAUCCUUGAUGUUACUGUGUAUGUUUUUUCACACCUUCACCUGCAUCGAGUAGCAGCAGAUUUAUAUACAUUCAUCCUCACUUCAUAAUUCUAUAUAUAUAUGGUAAUGAUAAUUUGAUGAAGGUACAGUAUUCUUGCAGGUAUCUUUAUGAAUUACUUUACUGUACACUACACACUCAAGUGUAAUUUUCUUAAAUCUGUUAUUGGCUUUUAAAACGUUUACAUCAAACAGGACACAAGAACUGUAGUGAAGUUUUUUCACCCAUUUUGACAAUUAUUGUUUGAUGUUUAGGCAUAAAAUAAACAUUGUACAGUCUAAUACCAGUCUUACAAGUCUCUUGUUAGUCAUUAAUUGAUUUAUUUUCAUUUUCAAAUCCAGCAUAAUGUCAGAGAAAUUGUUGUAGUAACUUAAAUCUUCUUAAGUAUGGCUCAAAUGUUGUGAUUGUGAGGUGCAGAACAGGCAAGGGACGAAAGAAAAAUAUAGUCUGAACUAUACAUUUUAUAUGUAUAUUACUUAACUCCUGUUGAUUGACACACAAGUGUAAUCAUUUUGCUGCAUCACACUAUUGAAGCUUAAUUCAAAUCAAUACCUUUCGUUAUCCUCAUCUGCCUGCAUUGCGAGAGACCGUGUGCGUGCCAUGAUUAGCUAGCAAUCUGAUUGUGGUCAUUGUGAGUUGUGAUAGUAUCAAAGUGCUCCCAUGUGUCUUGUGAUUUUUUGUUUUUAUGUUCAUUUUUAAAAGAAAUUUUAGUUGCUUUCUAUGAUAUGACUGGAGAGCCUAUUAUAUGACCACAGGUUUUGUUGCAUUAAGCAAUGUUUUACCCUUGCAAUGUAAAUAAUUAAUUGUCAUAUUUUAUAUUUUACAAUUAUUCUACUGCCUUAAUAAAACUUAUUUCCUAUGAA